UUUAUUUAUUUCAUCUACUGUACAGUCGUAUCCAUCUUUUUUAAAUCACUGAUAAGGGCUAAACGUUCCUAGAAAGUCUAAAGAACAGCAUGAUGGCGAAACUGACAUCAUUGGCUCCGCAGCGUGGGAAACAGCUGCUUCCAGACAGUUUUUUGCUUGUAUGCUUGUAUGCCAUAAUGCUAGUUCCUCUUCUUGGAAGGGUGGAAAGCUCUUUCGGAGUUAUGGUAGGAAAACAGAUUCUGGAGCAAGGAGCAAGGGAAGAUGGAGGAAGAAAGCUCUUGCGUCUACGAUGUACUAACUAAGGGGCUGGUACCGCUGGUUGCCGGAGCUCGGAUCUAUGAUACUGCCGGUAAUGCUGUGGCUGUGCCAUCACGCCAUCACAAUGACAGGCGGUCAUUAUUCAUUAGUUCUUCAAAAUUAAAUCUCCGAUCCCUUCUUUCAUCUUUGCCAGUGACCACUUUCCCUUGCUCCAUUAUUUUUGCUUGCGGUCAAUGGUCAAAGCGUCAAACAAAAGCAUUAGUCUACUACAGCGUUUAUUCACUUCUAUUUCUUUUGCAUCUCCUUGUGCUCCAAGUGCUUCACUCUUCACUCCCAGCUGAUCUCUUCAGGAUUCGUUUCCAGCUUGCUCAUCAUCAGGUAUCAGGUAAUAACUACUCGUAACUAGCUCUUGGGGUAUAUACCAGCCUUCUUCCAUCCAUCCAUCAGUCAAUCAAUCUGAACUAACUCAAGACACCAUGGUGUUUGACGACGAAGUGGAGAGUCUGCUGAGCGAAGACAGCGGCGACGAAGUUGAAGAUUCGUCGUUGGGAGAUGGCAACUCGUCCAGCGGCGAAAGCUCGACGGCUUAUGCAUCGUCUGGCAAGGACGAGUUUCGUGAAGUGCGCAACUUUACACGCAAGGAAACCAAAAACGUCGAGACAUGGAGAGAUCUCGUGACGGGUGUCCUGGUCAUUACGGCCACCUUUGUCACCAUGGCAUCCUUUAUCUACCUCUCGAGAAACGAAACGGAAACAUUCUUACUCGCGUUUGAUCAAUACGUGGUCACCAUCAAGGAUACCGCCGUGGAUCUGGAGAACAGUAUCGAUGACAGCUUUACGGCUGUCACGGACUCGAUUACGGCGCACGCUCAGACUAGUGAAUCCGUCUUUCCAUUUGUCACCGUGCCCUUCUUUGAGGUACACGGGCAUCAUGCCAGAGAUAUCUCCCAUGUCGACUUUUUCUCCUUUUGUCCCCUCGUCGCGGAAGCCAAUCGACAGGCAUGGGAAGACUACUCUGUAUUCAACCAAUGGUGGGUACAAGGCGACCAGAUUGAGACGUACACCACAGCCGAACAAGUCGCCAUUGUAACCAAUGAAACCGAACAAAAAAUACCCUCCAAUAUCUACCGAAUCGACGAACAGGGACAUCGCACCGUCAACCUGGGACAUCCGCCCUACGCACCCCGAUGGCAAAUCUCGCCUCCGCCUUCCGACGUUAUCGUCGUCAACUACGACGUCUUGUCCACCGACACCGUCAAGGCCAUCUUUGAUGCCAUGGUCGUUACCAAUAGCCCGGUCAUGUCAGGAAUCGUUGAUAACCGAUUACUUCAAUCCGCAGGCGUCACCGAGGAGGCACCCUCCAGUCUCCUCGUGUUCCCAGUCUACCAAAAUUUCAACUAUUCCACCCCCGACAUUGUGGGCUUUUUGGAAGUCUUGUUCAAUUGGAAAACGUUCCUGUCGUUGUUACUCCCCGAAGGACAAGGUGGCGUCUAUUAUGUUCUCCAGACCAGCUGCGGGGACGAAUACACCUUUGAAAAUACCAACGGAGAAAUCAUUUACAUUGGACCGGGCGAUCAUCACGAUAUCAUCUACGAUCGCCAUGUCGUGACGGUGGAUCUCAUUACGCAACCCAACAUUACUACUUCCAACAAUACUACUGAUACUCAUAUCUGCGACUAUACCGUCGAUGUCUACCCUUCGGCCGAGUUGCGAAGGGAAUUCUCCACCAUGAUCCCCGAAGUUUUCACAUUUAUCGUGGCCGCGUCCUUUUUCCUCAUGGCAUUCUUCUUUUUUACCUACGACAAGUUCGUUCAACGCCGCAACGAAAAGGUCGUUCGUCAAGCCGCCAAAACCAACGCCAUUGUAUCCAGCUUGUUCCCGACCAAUGUACGAGAUCGAUUGUUUGGAGGUGACAAUCAAAGUCAAAAGAGCAAAAAGACCAUGGGCAGCAGCCAAGGAGGGGGUCGGGGUCGACUCAAAAACUUUUUGACCGACAAUAUGAGUGCCAACAACAGCGAAUCAGGAGGUGGUGGCGCUUCGGUGGGAGGAGGAUCCGUAAAGAGCAGCGAUCAACCCAUUGCGGAUCUGUUCCCCCACUGUACCGUGCUCUUUGCGGAUAUUGUGGGUUUCACAGCUUGGAGUUCCAUGCGAGAACCUACCCAGGUCUUUCGUUUAUUGGAAAGCAUCUAUCAUGCAUUUGACGAAAUUGCAAAGAGACGAAAGGUGUUCAAGGUGGAGACAAUUGGCGAUUGCUAUGUUGCCGUAACAGGAUUGCCAGAACCCAACAAGCAUCAUGCACUGGUCAUGGCCAAGUUUGCGAGGGAUUGUAUGUACAAGAUGCAUGACGUUACACGCAGUCUUGAAGUUAUGCUGGGACCAGACACUGGAGACCUUACCAUGAGAUUUGGACUGCAUAGUGGUCCUGUGACUGCUGGAGUGUUGCGAGGAGAGCGUUCGAGGUUUCAGCUUUUUGGUGAUACUGUCAACACAGCUUCAAGGAUGGAGUCCACAGGAAAGAAGGGCUGUAUUCAUGUGAGCCUGGAAACAGCAGAAGAGGUGAAAGAAUCUGGGAAGGGUGCAUGGCUCAAGGAGAGGGCGGACAAAGUGACUGCAAAAGGAAAAGGUGAAAUGGUCACCUACUGGUUAUCUCUCUCUGAUCACUCGUCUAAUGGCGAUGGACUUUCAGAAGUAGGCAGCUUUGCUCCAGACAACGUUUCCUUGGAUGCUUCAACUGGAAAUGAGCUGAUAGAAAACGCAUCUGUCAAAAACGCCGAGGACAAAAAAGCAUCCUACUCAGGGACUGUGAAUCGCAAAAAAGAUCUGUCGGGAAAGAAUGCAAGACUCAUUGAAUGGAAUGUUGAUAUUCUUCAAAGGGUCCUCCGUCAGAUUGCUGCUAAGCGUCAAGUGACAGAUAGGGGCCACUUUGGAAAAGUUUCUGAUAAGGUCCACUUUGGAAAAGGUUCUGAUUCCAAGGGCAAGCUUGCUGUAGAGCAUGCUAAACCUGAGAUGGUUUUAGAGGAGGUAUGCGAGGUCAUCCAGUUGCCCAAAUUCAACUCCAAAGUGGCUGGAGCAAUCCAACGAGCCGAGGAAGUGGCUUUGCCGUCUGAUGUUUCCAUGCAGUUGCACGACUUUGUUGCUGAACUUGCUGGCAUGUACCAUGACAAUCCUUUCCACAAUUUUGAGCAUGCAUCACAUGUCACCAUGUCGGUAGUGAAGCUCCUUUCUCGGAUUGUGGCCCCAGCUGAUUUGGAAUAUGAUGACUCCAACAUUACCAAUGAAAAGAAGCUGAUGAAAAAUAUUGCUUCCAAGAUGCAUGACCACACAUACGGCAUCACGUCGGACCCACUUACUCAGUUUUCAGUGGUACUGUCAGGGCUGAUCCAUGACGUCGAUCACGAUGGUGUCACUAAUGCGCAGCUUGUCAAAGAAGAGACAGAACUUGCAAUCCGCUACAAGGGCAAGAGCGUGGCCGAGCAGAACUCUGUGGAUCGUUCUUGGAAUCUGUUGAUGGAGCCCAGGUUCAAGAAGUUAAGGGAUGCUAUCUGUGGAACAGAGGCAGAGUUUGCCCGCUUCCGUCAACUAGUUGUGAACUCUGUGAUGGCAACUGAUAUCGUGGAUAAGGAACUUAAGGAGCUCCGUAAUGGCAGGUGGGACAAAGCUUUCAAAGGAGAGUUUGUAGAAACAGAUCCUAGCAUAGACAUCAAUCGCAAGGCCACCAUUGUUAUUGAGCACUUGAUCCAGGCCUCUGACAUUUCGCACACCAUGCAGCAUUGGCACAUCUACAGAAAGUGGAAUGAGCGACUGUUCAUGGAAAUGUAUCGUGCCUAUCGAGAUGGAAGGGCGGAGAAGGAUCCCUCGGAGUUUUGGUACAAGGGUGAAAUUGGUUUCUUCACAUUCUACAUCAUUCCGCUGGCCAAAAAGCUCAAGGAAUGUGGAGUGUUUGGUGUUUCCAGCGAUGAAUAUCUGAACUACGCAACAAAGAACCUUGCAGAGUGGAAGACAAAAGGAGAAGAGGUCACGAAAGACAUGUUGGAAAGGGUCAAGGCAGAGUAUGGAGAAGAGCCUUUGGAUUCUUGAAGCCAUUGGCCCUAGCUAGGGUAACAGGGGAUUUGUUGGGCAACAAUGCUACUUCAUAAAAUAUAACGUAGUACUCGAUUCAUGUGACUCGACUCGUUUACCAAGUCAUGCAGUACAAAGGAAUUCUGCAAUGGUUUCCCGCUGGCUAGCUAGCUGGGCGGUAGCAUAUU